CGUCGAGGUCCUCGUAGGAAUCGGUAGCCCGCAGGAAAACCGGCAGCAGCAGCAGCAGCGGCAACAGCAGGACGUUAUUGAGUCGCUUUCCCAUGGCGCUCAGGCGCUUUUCCUCGCGUCCAUUCUUCCCCGAGGUUUUCUCUUAUUGAAAGUUGAAAGUGCGAUCGUAGAAGUCAAAACGAGACGAUGAUGCGCGCACGGUUCCGAUUCGAAUCGGAAUCGGACGGGGAACGACAAAACGAUUAGGAAAUCCGAAGUUUUCGGAAUCCCACAAGGUCGCUGUGGCGGAGACCUGAGGGGGGAGCGAAGGCUUCGAGAAAUUCUGUGUAGUAGAGUUUAUUAAUUACACCACAUCUACAUCUUCUCCUACAAUGGGAUUUUUCAUAAAAUUUUCCCAUAAAAUAGAAACAUUCAGAAUUCGUUGACGCAAUUCUGAUACGAAAAAAACACACAAUCUGAGACAUUGUCAUCAAAACGAAAUCGAAAGUAGUGGGAACCGUAAUUGCUCUUAUGUAGACAAUGCAAAUAAUAAUUUAACGCAUUCGAAGUUCCCCAUUGUUGUCGGGUUACUUACCGUGCGAGGUGUAUCGCGCUCAUGUCGGAUUAAUUUUAAGGAAAAUGUUGUUCGAGUUAUUCUUGUGCUUUUACGUGCUCGAAGCGGCGCUAGCGCGGGAAGAACCAGUCAGGGAGCAGCACUUGGAACCCCGGCAUUUCAACCCCCAUCCCUACCGAAGCGGCAGAACGCGCCCCAAGACCGGCCCUGUAGUUUUUCCUUACGACGAGAGCGCCCCGGAAUUCGAUAAAAUCGAAUCGCUACCCCAACAAGUGCCCUACCAGAGGGUGGCCAAAAAAUACAAGAAGAAGAAAUUCGGAAGAUACGAUGUUUCGGAUGAAAAGAUUAAUCCUCGGCUCGAGCACGCCCUGGCCCAGCACGCGGCCAAAGUUCUCCAACUUCCUCCCGAAAACUUGGCUAGGGAUCAUGUACCAUUUGCUCGGGAUAUUCAGCCGCAACGGCGCAACUACGCCUUCAGCUACAAAGUCCUAGACCGGCAUUCCGGCGACGAUUUCUCCCAUUCCCAAGUCCAGGACGCCGCUGCCACUAACGGGGAAUACCGGGUUAAAUUACCCGAUGGCAGAUUACAAAUCGUAUCGUACACGGCCGAUCGAGAUGGCUACAAAGCCGACGUGAAGUACACACAAACCGAAGACAACAACAAUAAUCAAGAACCAGCUUAUCAUUUACCUGCAGCUCGAAACCACCAUCACCAAACGGACUACUACGAGGAACAGCAGCAGCAGCAGCAGCAGCAGCAGCAGCAGCAAGCGAACGCGGUGGAAGCGCCUUCGGUGAAGCUGCAUCACCGGAAAACCGGCUACAUCCUCGUCACUCCCAGUCCUGCAGGAUACACCGACGAUCGCGUUACCGCCGGCGCGAAUUUCCAGCUUCCUUUGCCUUUGAACGUGCAAAUUUACACUACGAAUGCCAGGGACUAUAUGGUAGGCAGUUAUAUACCGAUUUUAGGCGGUACCCAAGGCAGUCCUGUCGAGCAGGACUAUUAUAACCACAAUGUAAUAGCGCCGAGGAUAGUUAAUAACGCCGAACAGGGCAUCGUCCUGCCGGUUUCCACGCCAUCGUCCUUCGUCCUUGCCGAUCAAAACGGACAGGUUAUUGACAAUAUUAAAUUAGUUACAUCCACUGCUGUGCCGUUUGUGGUAUCGACCACUCCUGCUCCUUUCCUAUACAGAAGGAUUUAAUUUACAGCCGGUGCGAAACAAAUGUCAAUGCACUUCACCUAUAGUGAUGUGCAUUAAUAUUUAUUUUACACUAACAAUAUAUUAUUUGUGUUUGUGUUGAAAGUAUUUUUGUAUUUAUUGUAGCUUUUUGUAUUUUAAUAAAUGUUUAUAUUUUGGGAUAAUU